GCUCAGCAUACUAUGAUAAUGUCCGUCCCCUGGCUUACCCAGACUCGGACGCCGUGCUCAUCUGCUUUGACAUCAGUCGCCCAGAGACCCUGGACAGUGUGCUGAAGAAGUGGCAAGGGGAAACUCAGGAGUUCUGCCCCAAUGCGAAGAUUGUGCUGGUUGGCUGCAAGCUGGACAUGAGGACAGACUUAAACACGCUCCGGGAGCUCUCCAAGCAGCGCCUCAUCCCUGUGACGCACGAGCAGGGCAGCGCGCUGGCGCGGCAGAUCGGGGCAGUGGCCUAUGCAGAGUGCUCCUCCAAGGUCUCGGAGAACAGCGUGCGGGACGUGUUUCAUGUCACCACACUUGCCUCGGUCAACAGGGUGCACAAGAACUUGAAGCGCAGCAACUCCAAACGGGGACUGAAGCGGGCAUCACAGUUGCCUGGCAGGACAGACUUCCUGAAUGACACAGAGAUCAGGAAAGACCGAGCCAAGAGCUGCUCCAUCAUGUGA